UAUGAGCAGUCCAUAGCGAGGCUCUCUGUUAACAGUUGUCAGUUUCAACAGCCGGUGACACCAUAACACAUGUGCUGAUCACAGUUAGCACCCCGCUCUCCUCGGGACUAUGGGCUUCACUGGUCUCUAACUGGGAAUAAGUCGCACCAGGAACACUCUCUCUCUCUCUCUCUCUGUCUGUUCACUAGGAAAUCUACUCCAAGAAAUUCGACUUUUUUCCUGUUUUCGUUGAGGUAUUGUGUUUCCGAGCUUGUUCACUGAAUACUGCCAGCGUCUCAGCAUUUUGACGAGGCCACGUGACGACUACUGAAGGAGCCGGUGUGAGGACCCGAGUGAAGCCGGUGCGACGACGACCUUCCACAAUGUGGACCGCCAUCUGAGACCGGACGUGGCCGGACACACCCUCAGCGCCCCCGCAAACCUUCUGCCCACCCGCUACCCCUUCGCAUCAUAGCUCCUGGGGUUACGGACCACCCGACCCCCGUUCCCCGCUGCUGCCCCGGAAACACAGACCAGCAGAGCGACUGAAGCCUGGCUUUGACACCCAUCGCCUGGAGGGCGUCAGAGUAGCUACCAGAAUCACCUUUUGCAGGUCCCCUGUGACCUCUAACCUCUGCCUCCCCCUCCUCCCCCCCUGUCCCAUCCCACCACCACACCGCAACCAUGGGGAGGAAAAAGAUCCAAAUCCAAAGGAUCACCGACGAGCGCAACAGACAGGUGACGUUCACCAAGAGGAAGUUUGGCCUGAUGAAGAAGGCGUACGAGCUAAGCGUGCUGUGCGACUGCGAGAUCGCCCUCAUCAUCUUCAACCACUCCAACAAGCUGUUCCAGUACGCCAGCACCGACAUGGACAAGGUCCUGCUCAAAUACACAGAGUACAACGAGCCGCACGAGAGCCGGACCAAUGCUGACAUCAUCGAGACGUUACGAAAGAAAGGCUUUAAUGGCUGCAACAGCCCUGAGCCCGACGGCGACGACUCCAUCGACCAAAGCCCGCUAACCGACGACAAGUAUCGCAAGAACGAGGACCUGGACGUCCUCUUCAAACGCUACGGCGCUCUGAACAAGAAAGAGCACCGGGACUCAGAGAGCCCCGAACCCGAGGAGCCCUUCUCCCUCACCCCCCGCACUGAGGAGAAAUACAAAAAAAUUGACGAAGAGUUUGAUAAAAUGAUGCAGAACUAUAGGCUGUCAUCGGCCGUCCCACAGCCCACCUUCUCCAUGCCAGUCACCGUGCCCGUGUCCAAUCACAACGUGGCGCUCCAGUUCACCAACAACCCCGGGGGCGCGCUGGUCACCACCGCCUCCUUCACCACCUCCUCCCUCACAGACCCACGCCUGCUGUCGCCACAGCAACCGGCGUUGCAGAGGAACAGCGUGUCGCCAGGGUUACCUCAGAGGCCAGCCAGCGCAGGAGCUAUGUUAGGAGGUGACCUGGGGAACUCUAACUGUCCAAGCCCUGUUGCGAAUGGAUACAUCAGUGCCAGAGCCUCCCCGGGACUCCUCACUAUCUCCAAUGGCAACAGCUUGGGGAAAGUAGUUCCGGCCAAGUCCCCGUCCCCGCCCAACCAUCAGAUGGUCGGCAACCGCAAGCCGGACCUGCGGGUCAUCACCUCGCAGGGGGCCAAAGGCCUCAUGCAGCUGACAGAGGAGGAACUGGAGUUGGUGAGUGAGAACGGCCAGCGCUUAGGCAGCUCCCAGGUGGGACAGUCUCUCACCACGCCCGUGGUCUCCGUGGCAACGCCCAGUCUGCUAGCCCCCUUCUCAGGCAUGCAGACAGCCUACAACACGGAGUACCAGCUGACGAGUGCAGACCUCACAGCGCUCCAAACCUUCACUCCUCCAGGACUGGUGCCUGGCAACAUGGCUGCAUGGCAACAGCAACCUGCAGUCACCCAGCAACAACAGCAACAGCAACAACAACAACAACAACAACAGUCCCAGAUAAGCUUGGCGUCGCUCAGCAACUUGGUCAUGUGGGGUGCAGAGAAACAGAACGGGGAGAUGGUUAACUGCAUCUCCAAUUUUGCUGCUAACCUGAGGCCGGUGGGUCACCUACCUCAGGGUGCCACGCUCACCGUCAACACCAACCAGAGUGUGAACAUCAAGUCGGAGCCCGUCUCGCCCAACCGUGACCACGGGGGCGGCGGCGGCGGCAGCGGCCUGGGCUCGUCCAUCUACCCUGGGGCCCUCCGGCUGGAGCCCGGGGCCCAGGGCCGCUCGCCCGUCAACAGCCUCAGCAGCAACGCCAGCUCGUACGACGGCGGCAGCGACCGGGACGACGGGGCCCGAGGGGGGCCCCUGGACUUCCACCACCAGCAGGGGGCCCUUCAGCAGCAGCAGCAGCAGCAGCAGCAACAGCAGCAGCAGCAGCACACCAUGGUCCUCCUGCGGCCCUCGUCGGCGGACCCCCAGGAGCAGGACGGGGCCAACGUCAAGAGGAUGAGACUGGAGUCCUGGGUGACAUAGAGCGGUGGCCCCCCGCCGCAGACGCACGGACGGAUGGAUGGACGGAUGAAGGAGGAAGGAUGAAGGAGGGAGACGUGU